AUGGCAUAUACCGACAACAACAUUAACCUUCAUGUUGUGUUCCUCCCAAUAUUCGGCAUGAAUCACAUGAUCCCAUUAGUCCAGGUCGCAAGAAUAUUUGCUUCCCGUGGCGUUCGGUCAACAAUCAUCGCUACCAAGCACAAUGCACUUCCAUUCAAAACCGACAUUGACCGUGAUAUUGCCAAUGGUUACCCUAUCGCGGUCAACACUGAUCUUACGUUUCCAGCUUCAGAGGUUGGGCUUCCGGUUGGAGUAGAGAACUUCAACGAUGCCACCUCUCAAAAUCUCGAAUAUAGGCCAGCAGUCUUUCGUGGCAUCAUGAUGCUCCAGCCUGAUAUGGAACAAGUGAUACAUGAUCUUGCACCAGAUUGCAUUGUUUCGGAUAUGUUCUUCCCAUGGACUGCUGACCUGGCGGAAGAACUCAAAAUACCGAGGCUGCUGUGUUACCCUAACUGUUUGUUUUUCCAUUCUAUUGUGCAUAGCUUAAAGGUUUAUCCGGACGCUUAUAUGACACAAGAUGAUGCUGAAAAGUUCAUUGUUCCUAAUUUGCCUGAUGAAAUCAAGCUGAAGAUGUCUCAGGUGUCCGAUGAAUCAAAACCGAACACCAGUAUGGGUCAAACGAUAGAAAGAAUUCACCAGUCAGAGAAACGCAGUUAUGGUAUUAUUUAUCACACGUUUUAUGAAAUGGAACCAGCAUAUGUGGAUCACAUGAAGAAGGUUAAAGGUGACAAGAUAUGGCCUAUCGGUCCUCUUGUUGAAUUUUUUAGGAACAACGAAUGCAAAAGCGAUGUACCAUCAUCAUCGGCUGAGAGGCAUACUUGUUUAAGUUGGCUAGAUAAUCAAAAACCAAAAUCAGUCAUAUAUGUUUGCUUUGGAAGUGUAGCAAUACUCCCAAAAGCACACAUCACAGAAAUUGCCUUGGCGUUAGAAGAAUCUAAGCAACCGUUUAUUUGGGUGCAUAGGAAGAAUCCAGGUGAAGAAAUCACCCCAUUCCCUCAAGGAUUCGAGGAAAGGAUCAAGAUGGAAAACAAGGGUUUGGUCAUAACUAGUUGGGCGCCCCAAGUUGAGAUAUUGCAACACCCAUCCAUACUAGUGUUCUUUAGUCACUGUGGUUGGGGCUCCGUCCUUGAGGCUGUGGUUGCAGGUGUGCCAUUAGUGACAUAUCCAUUGUACGCCGAUCAAUUUUACAUCGAGAAGCUGGUGGUGGAGCUCUUAAAGAUUGGAGUGGGAGUUGGGGCGGAGGUUUGGAACGCAUCUAGUGUAAAUAUUACUAGCCCGGCCAUUGGAAAAGGGAGCAUAUUAGAAGCCUUUGAAAAAUUUACUGAUGGAUCUUCCAUAGCUGAAACCAUUACAAACAACUUAAAAGAAAUAAGCAAGAAAGCCAAACAAGCUGUUCAGGAAGGUGGAUCUUCUUUCAACAACUUAGCAGCUUUGAUUGAAGAACUAAAAGCCGUUAAAUUCUCCCGAAAGACAUGAUCAUACAAGCCAUCAUUACUUCAUCCUUUUCAAAUGUUUCUUUUUUUCUUCUCUUUAUCUUAAU